ACCUCUCAGAGUAGGUUUCGUUUCAGUAGAAGUAGAACUCAUUCCAGUCAUGGACAGCAGAUACGAGUCUUCAGAAAAUCUGAGGAACAAGUGUGCUGCUUGCUACAGACAGUUCAACAAAAUGGAGCAUCUCGUUGAACAUAUGAGGAUAUCAUAUCAUUCAAAUCACGAACCUGUUUGCGGUAUUUGUCAAAAGCAUUGCCGUUCUUUUGAAUCUCUGCGCGAGCAUCUCAUAGGACCUCUACCAAAGGCAGAAUGUGAAAGGGUAUUCAAAGAACGAGGAUGUGACCUUUGCUUAACUAUCUUUAGCAGCCGCUAUGCUGUCCAGCUUCACCGAGAGAAAUGCCAAUUUUCACGUGGAAAUAAUGGUCUGAUAUACCGAAUGGCUAACUUGGGCAUACAAGACGAACUGAGGAUUGAUAAUACCAGAGCAAAAACGGUAUCACUUGCUUGCAAAAUGGUCGGAGGGGGCACUGACGGCUCGUUGGAUCUCUGUGCAAGGGUCUGCCUGACUGACGAGUAUGAAAAGAUAAUCUUCCAAACAUAUGUCAAGCCUCACCUUCAAGUCACAAACUAUAGGUAUGAAACAACAGGUAUACGACCGGAAUAUUUGAGAGACGCGAUGCCACUUAGGCAAGUCCAGCGGAAAAUUCAAGACUACUUAUGCAACGGAGAGCCGAUAUGGCAGAUCCGUAAUAGAGGUGGAAAAGCAAGGAUUCUAAUUGGCCAUGGACUGGAUCAUGAUUUGAAAUGCUUGGAAAUGGAAUAUCCGGAAAUACUGAUCAGGGAUACAGCAAAAUAUCCGCCACUGAUGAAAACAAGCAAGCUAAGCAACUCACUGAAAUAUUUAACCAAGGCAUAUCUUGGAUACGACAUCCAAACUGGUAUACAAGAGCCAUAUGAUGACUGUGUGGCUACAAUGAGGCUGUAUAUAAGAAUGAGAGCUCAAGCUCAUAAGGUAGAAGACUAUCCUUUGGCUUCGGACCCACAAAAUCGGAACAAUUUUGCAUCACGAAGGCAGAGCGAGCUUGAGAGAAUGUCUCCACAAAAGAUGUUGGAAAUAUCAAGGUCCGAUUAUUUUUGCUGGUGCUUGGACAAAAAAUAAAGAAUUCCAAAUGGAAUAUGCAAUUUGUACUUACUAUUUACUAAUGCUUUUAGAAUUACUUAUUUUACCCCUCGCUCGGAUUUAUCCGUAGCAUCAUAAGUUGCAAUUACACUGUUGCUAUUUGUAUUUGAUGAGGAAAUUUAAUCCACUCGAAUGAGAAAGGACUUUCCUCAUACUAAUAAUGCAUUUCAAAUUAGUUUC